AUGUGUGUAGGAUCUAUUGUGCGUCACAGCUGUGGCCAUGUCAUGAUACACUGGCUCUCUCAAUGCGAUGAGAGCGAUUGUCAAUCAAGAAGCCAUGUGGAACGCCAGUCCCGUGAGGUAUAUCAUAACUCGAACGUAGCUAAGUCCGGGGAUAGGUGCUGGCCGUGUCAGAAUCCUUGGGAGAAGGCAAAGAUGGCUGCCAUGGAAGCCAAAGACAAGAUUCCCGAGGAUAUCAAGAAUCUAGAUUCGAAGCUUGAAAAGCUUAUUCAGGCCUGCGAGCUUAACACCUCCGAAGUAAAGUCCGGUUCCGACACCGUCGUCAAGGCUCUUCAAACUCACAAACCCGAUAUCCACGCUAAAGGCCUCACCAGCAGCAAGCAAGGUCUCCAAAAGGCUGCUGCAAUCGGUAUCACGGCUCCCAUUACCUUCGGCCUCAAGCUGCUCGAGGACGAUAUCGCAGAGCUGCAUAAGGUAUUCAGCAAUCAGAUCGCCGCUCUCAACAUCUCAGGUUCUGAAAAUGCCAUUGUCAAGAAGGUGCUUACCGAGGGUUGUCAAUCUAUGGUGGAUUCUGUUGCACACAAGCUUCGUGAGGCGCAAGCCAACAUCGCGAAGUCGACUGAUGGUGCCGUUGUGCAAGUGUUGGAUUCCUUCGUUUAA